AUGUCAUCGCUGCUGGCGAAUAAUCUUCCGCUGCUACCGGAGAGAAGAAAACAGCAGCUGCUGCCAAAGGAAAUCAAAGCUUCUAAUGUCAUACUGUGCGUGGAAAACUACCGUCCAAUCUCGAUACUGGAUUGUUUGUCGAAAGUCCUAGGAAGACUGCAGUACGAUAAGCUGUACACUGCAGUCCGAUCGUUAAUCUCUGAAUUUCAGCACGGGCUUACGAAGAAACGCUCCACCAAUCUGAUGACCUUCAUUAACACUCUGGUUGGUGCCAUCGAGAAGCGUCGACAAGUUGAUAUCGACGUGUAUAUCGACUUCUCCAAGACGUUUGACAAAGUUCACAUGUUCUGA